AUGGUUGACGUCAUACACCGGCUUAAGUUGUCUUUGAGGCAACGGGCGCUGGCCUACACAGCUGUGAAGGAUCUGUACCGCACAACCAGCUGUACCGGCACUAGCAGCUGUACCAGCAAUAGCAACUGUACCGCCACUAGCAGCUGUACCAGCAAUAGCAACUGUACAGCCACUAGCAGCUGUACCGGCAAUAGCAACUGUACCGCCACUAGCAGCUGUACCGGCACUAGCAGCUGUACCGCCACUAGCAGCUGUACCAGCAAUAGCAACUGUACCGCACAACCAGCUGUACCGGCACUAGCAACUGUACCGCCACUAGCAGCUGUACCGGCAAUAGCAACUGUACCGCCACUAGCAACUGUACCGCCACUAGAAGCUGUACCAGGAAUAGCAACUGUACCGCCACUAGCAGCUGUACCGGCACUAGCAGCUGUACCGACACUAACAACUGUACCGGCACUAGCAGCUGUACCAGCAAUAGCAACUGUACCGGCACUAGCAGCUGUACCAGCAAUAGCAACUGUACCGGCAAUAGCAACUGUACCGCCACUAGCAGCUGGCUACUGA